GGCGGAGGGAGUGUGUGUGACGGAGAGAGAGAGGGAGAGAGUGUGUGUGUGUGUAUGUAUAUGUGUGUAAGUGUGUGUUUGAUGGUUCGAGGUCUGGCUCUCUUGUCAAUAUCACAGUUAAAUGUUUGAAUGCGAUGCGAUGGGACUGUAGUGAGCAUGGACAGAAGGCGAAUCCUGAUCCUGUGUCUGGCGGCGGUGGGCUCUGUAGGAGUGGGAGAUGCUCUGUUGUGUAACUGCACCUUGGCUCAGUGUAAGAGAGAUGGAUACCGCUGUGAGACAACGGGCGCCUGCAUGGCCUCCACAUCCCUCAUCGAAGGCCGAGAGGAGCAUGUGCGAAUCUGCAUUCAAAAAGAGAGCCUGAUCCCUCCGGACCAGCCGGUCCUCUGUUUGAGCGCUGAGGGCCUACUCAACAUCCACUGCUGCUACACUGACUACUGCAACAGCCUGGACCUCAAAGUGCCCUCUGUGACUGUACGUCCAGAUGCUACGGGGAUGAUGGGGGGCUGGGGGCCGAUGGAGCUGGCGGCGGUGGUUGCAGGUCCAGUGUUUGUGCUGUGUGUGCUGGCGCUGCUGGGCCUUUUCCUCUUCCAGCACCACCAGAGGGCCUAUGGACACAGACAGAGGCUGGAGGUGGAGGAUCCAAGCACUGAGCACCUGUACCUGGCCAAGGACAAAACCCUGCAGGACCUCAUCUACGACCUGUCAACGUCAGGCUCUGGAUCAGGCCUGCCUCUCUUCGUGCAGAGGACGGUUGCUCGGACCAUCGUGCUGCAGGAGAUCAUUGGUAAGGGCCGGUUUGGGGAGGUAUGGAGAGGGAAGUGGAGAGGCGGAGAUGUUGCUGUGAAGAUUUUCUCCUCGCGGGAGGAGCGCUCCUGGUUCCGCGAGGCUGAGAUCUACCAGACCAUCAUGCUCCGCCACGAGAACAUUCUGGGCUUCAUCGCUGCAGACAAUAAAGAUAACGGCACGUGGACGCAGUUGUGGCUGGUCUCUGAUUACCAUGAGCACGGCUCCCUGUUCGACUACCUGAACCGAUACUCCGUCACCAUCGAGGGCAUGAUCAAACUGGCUCUGUCUGCAGCCAGUGGCCUUGCACACCUGCACAUGGAGAUACUAGGCACUCAAGGAAAGCCUGGUAUUGCUCAUCGCGAUCUGAAAUCAAAGAACAUUUUGGUGAAGAAGAAUCUCACAUGUGCGAUCGCUGAUCUGGGACUGGCAGUGCGGCACGAGUCUGUCACGGACACCAUCGACAUCGCCCCCAACCAGCGUGUUGGCACUAAGAGGUACAUGGCGCCGGAGGUGUUAGAUGAGAGCAUUAAUAUGCGCCACUUUGACUCGUUUAAAUGUGCUGAUAUUUAUGCUCUGGGAUUGGUGUACUGGGAGAUCGCUCGCCGCUGCAAUGCUGGAGGCAUCCAUGAGGAGUACCAGCUCCCCUACUAUGACCUUGUGCCGUCAGACCCGUCUAUAGAGGAGAUGAGAAAGGUGGUGUGUGACCAGAGGCUACGACCAAAUGUGCCCAACUGGUGGCAGAGCUAUGAGGCAUUGCGUGUGAUGGGGAAGAUCAUGAGGGAGUGCUGGUACGCGAAUGGCGCCGCUCGUCUGACUGCCCUGCGCAUCAAAAAGACCCUCUCUCAGCUCAGCGUGGAGGAGGACGUGAAAAUCUGAGGGACUCCCAGGACAGAACUGAACGCUUGUAACAGAAGCGUACGGAAAUACUACUGCUCCACACGAUCCUGCCAGUUUGGAAAAAUUGAACGCCGUCCACAGAGUUGUGACGCGGCCUACCUCACCCUAAAACUCGCAGCCAAAACUACCGAAACUACGAUCAUACUCACAGCUCCCCCUUCCUUCCUACGACCCUUAACCUGACUCCACACUCCGGCCCUUCCCACAGUCGUUUUUAUGUGUGGCCACAGACUGCAGGUUCUCCUUCCACUAUAGACUCCAGUAUCCCUAUAGACUGUUCCAUGGCUAAAGUGGACUACUGUGUUGUGCUGUUGUUGUUAUUAAUGGGAUCCUUUUUUUUUCCUUCUUCCCCCCUCUUGUUUUAAAAAGAUCCCUGACGUAUCAGAAGCGCACUUCAUUCACAGAUCACCUUUUAAAUCAAGUGUGUUGAAAUCAUAGAUUCAUUAGGUGCAUAUUGUGGGUUUGUUUUUUUGUUACUUUUUAUGUUUGUUUUAUUAUUAACUCCUCAGUUAUGUUGCUGAAGCCAUUAUUGGAGAAGCUGACGUGAAAAAAAAACAAGAUAAUUUAAAUGUGGGUUUAUACAGAGCUUAAAUAUUGCACUCCCCUUUCUCUUUCUCACUCUUUCUCUCUCUCUCUCUCUGUUAAAGGUUAGCAGGCUAUCUCGCAGGAAUGCAGGUGCUAGCCUGAGCUUUAGCUCCAGGUGUAAUAUUAGAUUACACAAACCUCAGAUUUCAGGAGGAGAUUAAAGAGGAGACAGAUUACACAGGUAACCCGAGCAUGUCAGCUCUGGAAGACCUGAUAAUGAUCUGAAACAUUAAACAUUAAAUUAAACAAAAACUUGAUGUUAAGACACUACUGAUGUAACUAUACUAGGGCUUGAAAAUGGUGUACCUUCAUGAAAGCUGGAUGGAGGCUAAAUUUAAUUUAAUCUGUUCUUUAUUUUUUGUUUUAUUUUAUUAUGUGAGACAUUAAUAGUUGUUUUAUGCUUGUUUUUGGUUGAUUUAGUUUUUCAGAUCAGUCAAUGUUAGGACAGUCACAUGGAUAUUGUCAGCAAAACAAUCUUAUUUGCAUGUAGGACUUUGUACAAUGUUUUGUGAGCAUGAUCUUUAGAUAAUCGCCAUCUUCUUCUGAACUUCUGAAACACACACACUACUGAAAUUGGUACAUUUGUAUUUAUUUUAGACUGUUUAAAACUCUCCAUUUGUCCUUUUUUAGGGUCAUUAGGGCUCUCUUGUACUCCAUAAGCAAAGCUAAUGUACAUAGAAUUUAUUUUUUGGUACAGUAUUGUAUAUAAUCUUUACCCUUUUUUUGAUUUUGGAUCGCUUUGAUACUAAGCUAAGUUAAAGGUUAAAGUGUUGGGGAGGAUUUUUGUACAUUAUGGACUCGAGCUGGUCCUGCAGUGAUGAGAUGUUGGUAUUUGUGAUGACCAUGGCAAGGUCUGCUGACCUGCUGAAAUGAUGGUUGUGAAAAAAAGUUUUUUUUUUUUCUUUUUUUUCUUUUUGGUUGUUGUUGAUUUUCUAAUUGCAUAAGCUGCACUUUGUGUUGCUUUUCACUCCAACAUCAAACGAUGUAACGGUGGCUCAUUUAACAAUGUGUGAUUUAUAUUUAUCUGGCAACCGUGGACACACUGGAACCACUGAUUUGAGUGAAUGUUUUAUUGUGCUAAAUAUGGACAGGGAAACCCUCGACUAGUUAAGGACUUGAUACUUGAUAAGCUGUUAGUCGUUUAAACACUGGCGCUCAGUAAUGACUCCUGCAGAGGAGCGGCCUCUGCUCUCUGACACUGUAUUUUUGACUGCUGUACCGUAGACAGCCGGCAUUACUUUCCUGUGAUCACUCAGUACUACUGCCCUGCUCUCGCUCACUCUCCUUUACUCCUCUCGAUAUGCAAGUUGUAAAUAGUUUGUAUAAUGUAUUUUUUUUUUUAUGUCAAUUUCUUUUUUAUUCUAUAGACUAUUUUUGUUCUUGUAGCUUUGCCAUAUUUCUGUUUUUCUCUACGAGUGUAAACUCUGAGGUACUACUGACUCUCUCUCUCUUUUUCUUUUUUCAGUCCUUGUAGAAUAGUAGAGGACACAAUUCUCGUGCUUUAUGUACCAGAUAUCUAAUGUUUGCAGUGUAGGAUCUUAACAAUAGGUGCACAGAUAUUCACAAAACAAAUAGGACGCACAGACAUGUUCAAAGAUAAACUGCUUUUUUGUUCGUUUGUUUAUUUCUUUGAUUUGAAGCCAACUUUGUGUGAAAUUCUUAAUCAAAACCUCACUUUCAUGAAUGAAAGCCAAAAAAUGUGAUGUAUGGAGAGAAGCAUGUUUUUUUUUUCUUCAUGUUAAAACUUAACAAAAACCAUAUAGGCCACUGUCACGCAAAAAUCUUCAAUCUCCAUUUUUGUGCUUUCUAACAUUUUGACUUGUUGAUUUUAUAAAUAUUAUAAAACAUAAAAAAAAAAAUUAUCCUACAUGGCUCAAUUUUAGGACUUAUAAAACUUAACACUGCUGAUUAUGGCAAAAAAUCAUGACCUGGAAAUAAGAUUGUUCCAGUAAUUGUUUGUUAAUAAACGUUAAGAAGAUUGAAGUUGUCAUUUUGGAGAUAGAAGGUUUUGUGUGGCAGUGUUUUGUUUAUUAUACUGGAUCAAAUUUUACUUUGGAAUUCACUACUGCUGAAACAAACUUACUUUAUAAAAAAAAAAAUCCACCUCAUCACCUGGGCUCUGCUGAGCCUGAUACUGAGCAAUGUCAUUACAGUCUAAAUAUUAGUCUUUUGUUUUUGGUACAGAUGAGAACAUUGAUAGUUUGAUCUGAGUUUGAUUUCAGUGCUGUACUAAAUGGUGGUAUUUCUCUCUAUCAGUCUUUAGUUUCAGCUCUCCUGCUGAAUGUGUGUGAGUGUGUACAUAUAUUUAUAGCUUCCUGACAAAGUUUCUGCUGCUGGUGGGUUUUGGAGGAGUGAGCACAGACAGGGUGGUUAUGAUGUUUAUGAAUUUAACUCUGUUUCAGUUCUGAAACUGUUUCAGAAGAGACCCGUGUAGACGGAGUUGCUGAAAUGCCACAGGGUAAUUAAAGUGUGCAGGCUGGAGUUCACCAGAGCUCAGGUUUAUAGGUAUUACUACAAGGAAAGGUAUGUCGUAUCAUACUGAACUUUGACCCUGCUAUCUGUCAGCUACGUAUCAUCAUCUCAGUGAGCUCCUAAACCCAAACAAGAGUCUUUUCAGGAAUAGUUUCCAAUCAUGUACAUAGGUAAUGUUCUACAGUAAUAAAGACAGAUUUUCCUACA